AUGAUACUGAAAAUAAAACAUAUCCUCUGGUUAUACUGCCUGUGUCAAAGUGCAUCUGGGUUCGCAUCCAACACGUUAACUAUGAUGAGGCCUGUGAGUGGCUCCCUCUCGGGGAAGGUGGUUUUGCCGUGCCACUUCUCCAAUAUGCCCACAGCCAAGCCCUCCAUCAACGCCAACGGCACAGUGACCCCCACCAGCACAGACUACCUGCGCAUCAAAUGGACCAAAAUGGAUGGAGAAAAGGAAUCCACGGUGCUGGUGGCCCAAAAUGGCAUCAUUAAGAUAGGCUCCAUCUACAGAAACCGUGUGUCAGUGCCCAGCCACCCAGAGGAUGUGGGGGAUUCUUCUUUGACCAUGGUGAAGCUCCGAGCCAGCGACGCCGGCACCUACCGCUGCGAGGUCAUGUAUGGUAUCGAGGACACGCAGGACAUGGUCAACCUCGACGUCAAGGGUGUUGUGUUUCACUACCGGGCAAGCACCAGCAGGUACAAUAUGAACUACAAGAGCGCUGUCCAGGCCUGCCAAACCAUAGGAGCCUCCAUCGCCACGCUUGACCAGCUUAAAUCAGCCUAUGAUGACGGCUUUGACCAAUGUGAUGCAGGCUGGAUCGCAGAUCUGUCAGUAAGAUACCCAAUCACCAGACCUAGACCUGGCUGCUAUGGCAACCUGCAGAGGAAGGCUGGGGUGAGGACGUAUGGAGCCAGGAAGGCCACAGAGACCUAUGAUGUCUACUGUUAUGUGGACAAGCUGGAUGGUGAGGUGUACUAUGCGCCUGUGACCCGUAAGAUGACGUUUGAGGAGGCGAAGAAGGAGUGUGAGAACAGGAACGCCGUACUGGCGUCGCCGGGUCAGCUCCACUCCGCCUGGAGACAGGGUCUGGACAGAUGUGACUACGGCUGGCUCUCCGACGGUAGCGCUCGCCAUCCCGUCGCCGUACCCAGAAUGCAGUGCGGUGGAGGUCUACUGGGCGUCAGAACCAUGUACCGCUACAGGAACCAGACUGGCUUCCCAAAACCCUCCACCCAGCUGGGAGCCUACUGCUUUACAGGCAUCCACUCCUGCACUGAGAACAUUUGUCUGAAUGGAGGCUCUUGCUACAGACGCGGAAGUCUCCCCUCUUGCAGCUGUGCCCCUGGCUACAGUGGAGAUCGUUGUGAAACAGACAUUGAUGAAUGUCAGUCCAACCCCUGUCACAACGGAGCUACAUGCAUUGACGGCCUGAAUUCCUUCACCUGUGUUUGCCUCUCAAGCUACGCUGGACUCUAUUGUGAAGAAGACACUGAGACGUGUGACUAUGGCUGGCACAAGUUCCAGGGCCACUGCUACAAGUACAUCCCCCAGAGGAGGAACUGGGACACAGCGGAGAGAGAGUGCCGGGUACAGGGGGCACACCUGGCCAGCAUCCUCUCCCAUGAUGAGCAGCAGUUUGUCAACCGCCUUGGACAGGACUACCAGUGGAUCGGCCUGAACGAUAAGAUGUACGAGAAUGACUUCCGCUGGACCGACAGCACGCCCAUGCAAUAUGAGAACUGGCGUCCCAACCAGCCAGACAGUUUCUUCUCAUCUGGAGAGGACUGUGUGGUGAUGAUCUGGCACGAGGACGGCCAGUGGAAUGACGUGCCUUGCAACUACCAUCUCACCUUCACCUGCAAGAAAGGCACAGUGGCCUGUAACCAGCCCCCUCUGGUACAGAACACUCGUACCUUCGGCAGAAAGAGGUCACGCUAUGAGAUCAACGCACUAGUGAGGUACCAGUGUAGGGACGGUUUCAUCCAGAGGCACGUGCCAACCAUCCGUUGCCGUGAAGACGGCCGAUGGGACAUCCCCAAAAUCGCCUGCAUGAGUCCAUCAAACUUCCAGAGGGCCUUUGCGAGGAGGCAGAGUUACAGCCUGUUCAGUAGCAACAAAUAUAAGCGGCGGUCUGACGAGGCGGCGGCCCGACAUCAUACUCACCAUCGAGGAAGGAGAGAGCGGAGAGGCAGAAGACAAGCAGAAGACAAUGAUCGCCAUGGUUACGCUAGGUUACGUUUACUCAGCACUAGCAGAGCCUAAACCAUAGGAACACAGGACUGUUAGUUAUGUGGAUAUAUAUAUAUUUUAUUUUAUAUAUAUCGAAUUAAAACAUUUUAAGAACUUUAAAGAAUGAAAGGACAAAAAGAAGAAACCCAAAGGAUAUUUACAAUUUUUCUUGCAAUUUUGAUGGAAUCUUGGAAUGAUGUGAUUUUAAAGAAUAUUCUUAUAAAGGGACACUAUUUUAUAACAAAGCCAAAGUGGAUACCUUCAGAUGGCUACUGGGAAAGUGUCCUGGAGAUGUACUUUGGACCAAAUAAUGCAUUCAUCCGCAACUAUACGAUUUUCUCCAUUUUAUACAGACAGGAGAGCGUUCAACUCUUACAUUGGGAAAAAGAUACCGGCAAAUUCCAGCUUUUGUGAAAUUAUAGCGCUUAUGUUAUGCAAAAGAAUACAAUUAAUUUACAAAUAGUCUGUGCUACGCAGGCACUGACAAUCAAAUGAAUCCACAGUACACAAUCCAUCUCUCUCUUCUCUACAUUAUUCCUGGAAUGACAUUUCAAAGAAAGAGGUUCUAUACUUUGUUUAUCUUGUUGUUACACAUGAUUACUGUAUGCAAUAUAUACAGAGUUUUUCAUCCAAUCAGAUUUCAGAUCACAGAAAGAAAAACUGAAACAUGGCGAAGGCCCAUCCAAUCCUUUUAUCACUAGCUCUUUGUCAUCAGCUGCAGUCUUCAUCCCGUCUCAUCCAUAGAUAUAUAAAGAAUAUAUGAUGCGAUGAUAAUGGGUUAAUAUUUGUGCACAUCCAUUUAACACUUUUGCUUUCUAUUGUAUGUUGAGAAACUAGAGAGGAGAUUUCUAAGUAUUAUUUGACUGAGGGCCAAAUGAGUGUCUCCUCCUAAGCCCUAAAGGCCUUAUACAUUGAAGUGAAGCCAUCGACCUGUAAAUUAUUUGACUGUGUUGAAUGAAACUAUAGAAAGGAAAGGAGGGUUAUGGAAUGUAUGUUUUCUAGACAAUAUAACCUGGAAUUCCUUGCUACGUUUACAACAAAUGCGAGGUAUUUUAAUGUUACUAAAACAAUGUUAUAAAAAUCCUUUAAAAAAUGAGCUUUGCUUCUGUUCUGCCCGAGGGGGUAACUUUUCUGUUUCCUGACACUGUAGGCGACUCAAGCUCUUCGCUUCCAUGUGCUGUUUUCUUAGGUCAAUGUAAAACUACUAUUGAGAGAAUGUACUUAGUGAAACACUUCGAAAGACUUGAACAAACACCUUUUUUAACAAAAUACAAAUAAUUUAUUUUUUCAAGCUGCUCUUCUUGCUACGUAAUUGUUUUGUAAGUGAAAUAUUCUGACGAUGCAAUCACUUGGUCUUACUUGUCUCAAUACUAGAAUGUAUUUACAUGCUUUGUAGGAGACAGCUAACAUCGCAGUAUCUGAGUCAAUGUGAUGAAGAUAUUCCUUUCCUACACACUACGCUCGAUAGGCCUUAUAGUAUGACAUUUAGGGGUCAACAAUGGACCAAAGAGUAGGGCUUCAAUCAGCUGAAAUUGCAGUGUUUCUGUCACAAAACACUUUGUACAGAUUUAGUGUUGCACAAUUGAUGACGGUCAUCCAGCAGUUGUUGUUUGUCUUUUUUUAUUUGUGUUUUAGCAUCAAAGUGCACAUAAUAACAUUUACAGUAUAACUUUUUUUUUUACAAUGUGAAAGUCUGGGAUGUUCGAGAAAUACAUUUCUAAAUGAAACAAAACUGUUUUACCUGCUCUCAGUCACCAAAGAAAUAAAAUAAAAAGUUUGCCAAUUUUA